GGACCACAGUACGGAAACGGCCCGGGGCUGGGCUGCCAUCAGAUCCGGGCAUGGAGGGAGCCGGAGAAGAGGAGUGAGGAGGCCGGGGAGGCAGGCCCUGUUGACCUCCUUGAGGCUGGCAGUCUGCUGGCAGUGAAGGACCAGGCCACCAAGGAAAGAAAGUCUCGAGCUGAGACUUAGCAAGUCCAGACUCGUUUCGCUACAGAGGGAGCUGCAGCCUCUAGUCUGUUCAGGGCCCGGCCCGGUUCAGGGUUUUCGACCAGAAACUAGAUCAGUUCCCUGUUGGGAAUAGUGAAUGAGUCAGAUCCCAGAACCAGGACAGGGCUUAGAAGCUCAAAAGCCACGUUAGGGGUAGAAGCAAAGACCUUUAGGGCAGCUCAUGGACUAAGACGGGCAGGGGGCUUCAGACCCUCCCAUAUCGGAGUGGGAUUGGCGAGUUAGACGCUUGUAGAUCGAAAGUUGGAUUGGGGAGGGGUCUCUGGGACGUUAGUUUGCCAAGCAAGGAUUGGGGGGAUUCAAGUGCUUAGAGAUCGAAUUCAGGGCCUGGGUAGGGGGAGUCAGACAAUUGGAAAGCCUAGGUGGUUAUUUGGGGAGGGGUCUUUGCGUUUGGUGGAGUGCAAAGCUGCGUCUCUUGGCUUGAGGCCUGGGAUCUUGUCAAGAGAGGCAUCUGUGAAAGGGUGGGCCAGCUGGGCCAGACCAAGAGAAAGAAAGUGAAUAAAUCGGACUACCCGUGGGUGGGGGGACCCUGAGGGGGUCACAAAGGGUGAGACAUGGCCACCAGGCGUUUAACCGACGCUUUCUUGUUGUUGCGGAAUAAUUCCAUCCAAAACCGGCAGCUGUUAGCCGAGCAAGUGAGUAGUCACAUCACCUCCAGCCCUCUGCAUUCACGUAGCAUUGCUGCGGAGCUAGACGAGCUUGCCGAUGACCGUAUGGCACUGGUGUCGGGCAUUAGUUUAGACCCAGAAGCAGCUAUUGGCGUGACAAAACGGGCCCCUCCCAAGUGGGUGGAGGGAGUGGAUGAAAUACAGUAUGAUGUUGGCCGGAUUAAGCAGAAGAUGAGAGAAUUGGCCAGCCUUCAUGACAAGCAUUUAAACAGACCCACCCUGGACGACAGCAGCGAGGAGGAGCAUGCCAUUGAGAUAACCACCCAGGAGAUCACACAGCUGUUCCACAGGUGUCAGCGUGCGGUGCAGGCCCUGCCCAGCAGAGCCCGGAGAGCCUGCUCCGAGCAGGAGGAGCGACUGCUGCGGAACGUGGUGGCUUCCUUGGCGCAGACUCUGCAGGAGCUGUCCACCGGCUUCCGGCGCGCGCAGUCCGGCUACCUCAAACGCAUGAAGAAUCGAGAGGAAAGAUCGCAGCAUUUUUUUGACACAUCAGUACCACUAAUGGAUGAUGGAGACGGUAAUGCUCUGUACGAUCGGGGUCUCACGGAUGACCAGCUGGUGUUGGUGGAACAGAAUACACUGAUGGUGGAGGAGAGGGAGCGAGAGAUCCGGCAGAUUGUACAGUCCAUCUCCGACCUGAAUGACAUCUUUAGGGACUUAGGAGCCAUGAUCGUAGAGCAGGGCACGGUCCUUGAUAGAAUUGACUAUAACGUUGAACAGUCCUGUAUCAAAACCGAAGAUGGCUUGAAACAGCUUCACAAGGCAGAGCAGUACCAAAAGAAGAAUCGGAAGAUGCUUGUGAUUUUAAUAUUAUUUGUCAUCAUCGUUGUCCUCAUUGUUGUCCUCGUUGGCGUGAAGUCUCACUAGUGGCCUUGGGCUCGCUGUGCCACGUCGUGGACUUCCCGGUGCGGGGCUCAGCUCGCACCCCUGCAGCUGCGCACCGAGGCGCAGCCCGCGCUCUCUGGGCCGUGGCAGCGAAGCUUUCCGUAGAUUCCUCUCCACUGUCUGCUCCGGCAGGGGAAGGGCCUUCGUUUUGUUUUCCAUCGUGGUCAAGUCUUAAGGACCUUUGGUGCUGUUGCAGGACGGAGAUUGGUUCUGGGAUCAGCUAUGCUGUCUGUAUUUUUCAGAGUGAAAACGAGCCGAAGUUCACAGGCCCUGCGGAGGCCACUCGAUGUUAGCCGUGCGUUUGCUCUUCUCUCAGCAGUUAUGUCUGAGCAGCUUCUUAAAAUAAUUUUUGGAAAACAUUUUUUAAACCAUUUGGUUUUGAAGCAAUUUGGUACCAAAAAUUUAUGAGUAGAGGCAAAAAUGCCUCUUCAUUUUUCUCUAUAUAUUUUCCAGUUGAAAACAAACUAAGUCCUUUCAGAAUUUAUAAUCCAUUCCCCAUUAACUUAAUUUAGCUUUUCCAUCACUGUUAAUGAUCAGAGUAACAAAGUGUGAAAAAUAAGAAACCAUCAUUGAUGUUAAUUAACACAUAUAGAUGGGCCAGUUAAAACAGCUUCAUAAGUUUAAAUUGAUUGUAAAUAGAAUAUUCUUCAUUUAAAAUUUUUGCACCGCAUUUUCUACUGUAUACCAAAAGGGGUUACCAAGCAAAACCAUCUAAAUUUAAAAGUUGGCGAUUUGAACAAACCUCACAUUAAGAGGAAGCUCAACAGUGUCACGAAAGUCUCCAGGCUGAGCAGGCGUGUCUCAGGGUGUCCGCAGCCACGGCUUCUCAGGCCGCUGCUUACACACUAACCACGUCAUGACCUGUUCAAACUGGACUCCAUUCAAUGAACUGUGAACUUCCACAGGGGCCAUUUAACAUGGGUCACCCCGUUUAGGAUUAGCGGAUCUCCAAUUAUUAACCAAACAUCACUCCAUUUCAAAGUCAAAUAUUCCACCUGUGACUUGAUUUAUUGCCUCUUCCGUCCCCACCUCACAGUGCCCGGGAGGCGGGCAUUCUGCUGAGGGUUGCGACAAUCUGGACUGGAAAGUCCUCUGCUUACACAGCACGGAUCGAAUUGCCAAAGCAGGACUCUGCCGUUUGCCUCCCUGUAACAGUCUUGCGGGGCUUGAGUGUAAUCUUGGGGCUGCAGCGUGGGAAGUGAUGGUAGCUUUGAAAACCGAAGGUGCUCAUGUUUCAUUUGCUCUGUUUGAAUUGAUUCCAGUAUAACUUUGGUGGCUUUGGUGUAAUUUUUGAUGGCUUUUUCAUUGUUUCUGCUUCUCUUAAAAAAUUUAAGAAGAGCAUGACCCCAUUAAGUGUGUUACAUUUUAUUUAGGCCAGUCACAUAAAUGGCCUCUUCAAGAACUGCUUUUGAAGUGGCUUCCAGAACUUUCACUCAAGUCCUCUAAACAGACUGAGUCUUAACAUCAAGCCCCUGGCCAGGUCUCCCAGCCUGUGUUGGCCUCCGGGCAGCCUCCUUCCAAUGAGAACCUGGGCUUUGCCUGGCAGUCUUGGUGGACAGUGGUCCGGGCAGGAGAGCUGAUCGCCUGAGAAGGCCAGGACCUGCAUGUCCGACUGGGCUGAUCUUAGCCUAAGGGCGUGUAUUCACUUAGCCCAGCUCUCCCUGGAGUGGCACUGUUCAGUUAGGGGACUUGUCUGAAAACAGUCCAUGCAGACCAUGCUGGAUAAUUGGUAAAAGCUUUUGAAAAUGCCCUUGAAGGACACUGGCCCUUUAAGAAAGGACCACUGCUUAUUUAUAUUUAUUUCCCCAAAUAGGGUAAUUUGGGCUGCCCCCCCCCAACCCAUGGGGUAGCACAUUGGAGCUGAUCAGAGACUGGUUUGAGGGUCUUGUGUGAGGAUGGGGAACCCCCCUCUUCAGUCUGGAGCAGGUACAGUGCCAGCCAGGCCCGGCUAGGUGUCCGCUGCAGUGACUGUGCCCAGGAUGGGAGCCGUGCAGGCCAGCCUGGAGCUGGCCCUGGAGCCCAUGCCUGACUUGUUUGGAUCCUUAAAUCACUGUAUUUUUCUUCUGAGCCUGUAUUUGGGGGAAGAUCAGGAGCAUGUGAGAAAGUACAGGAAAGUUGAUAAUCAUGUCCUGGUACCUCAGGGUAAUUCUUUCCUCUGAAAGAGGUGGAUCCUUGGCUGCCCAGAGUCAUGCCCUUAGUCCCUGCUGGCCGAGAAGGUGACAAUCAUCCAGGCUGGACUCUCCGCUGGCCUGGGAUGCACCCUCCCCUCCAGGAAGAGGCCCUGCCUGGGUGGGCUCACUCUGGGCACCUGGGCCUGCCCAGCCCCGUCCCUUUCCAAGUGUCUUGGCUGGCUCCUGUUGGGUGGAGCCCGGAGGAAAAGCAAGAAUGUGAAUGUCCGUUUUGCAAAGCUCCUGAUCUUUCCCCGAGAUUGUAACUGCAAACUGCUGUCUGUCAUUCUGUUCUGGGGAGGGGAAGCUGGCUAGGCCAUGUCCUGUGAAGCUGUGUGUGUCUUUAAUUUAACCGCUUUCUCCACUAAUUGAGAGAGCAUUAUUUAUUUGUUUUGACACAAGUGCUUGCAGUGUUUUAUCCUAGCUAAUGGCUUCUUAAAGGUAAUAAAACCCUUCAACCUAAUUGGUCAGAUAAGACUUUUUUCUUGUAUGCUUAAAUAAAGCAAUUAGUGAAGCGCUCUACCCAAAAUGACUUUUUUUUGUCCUUUUCUAAAAAUUAAUUUACUGUUACUGGAAACUUUUUGUACAAUAAAGCAAUCAUGCAGAUUAAAGAACA